CUCCCGCGCCGGGCCCCCCCGCGCGGGCUAGCGUCCGCGCCGCUGCUCCGAGGGGGUGGGGCUGCAGGGAAUGGCUGUGCCCCCUUCGGCUCCCCUGCCGUGUUCGCCCUUUUACCUGAGGAGGCAGGCGCCUCGCCCGCAGUGCUCAUGGGGCAUGGAGGAGAAGGCGGCGGCCGGCGCGGGCGGCCGGGAGCCGCAGGGCCCCCCGAGGGCCGCCGCCGUCCCGUGCUUCGGCAUAUCCGUGGACCAGGACGACAUCCUCCCCGGCGCCCUGCGCCUCAUCCGGGAGCUGCGGCCGCACUGGAAGCCCCAGCAAGUUCGGACCAAGCGCUUCACUGAUGGCAUCACCAACAAGCUGGUGGCCUGCUACGUGGAGGAGGAUAUGAGGGACUGUGUGCUGGUCCGGGUGUAUGGGGAGCGAACGGAGCUGCUGGUGGACCGGGAGAAUGAGGUCAGGAACUUCCAGCUGCUGCGAGCACAUGGCUGUGCCCCGAAACUCUACUGCACCUUCCAGAAUGGGCUGUGCUACGAGUACAUGAGGGGCAUGGCGCUGGGGCCAGAGCACAUCCGUGAGCCCCGGCUCUUCAGGCUCAUCGCCUUAGAAAUGGCGAAGAUUCACACCAUCCACACCAAUGGCAGCCUGCCGAAGCCCAUCCUCUGGCACAAGAUGCGCAAUUACUUCACCCUCGUGAAGAACGAGAUCAAUCCCAGCCUUUCUGCAGAUGUCCCUAAGGUCGAGGUGUUGGAACGGGAGCUGGCCUGGCUGAAGGAGCACCUGCCUCAGUUGGACUCCCCUGUGGUGUUUUGUCACAAUGACCUGCUCUGCAAGAACAUCAUCUAUGACAGCACCAAAGGUCAUGUACGGUUCAUUGACUAUGAAUAUGCUGGCUACAACUACCAGGCUUUUGACAUUGGCAACCAUUUCAAUGAGUUUGCAGGUGUGAACGAGGUUGAUUACUGCCGGUACCCGGCACGGGAGACCCAGCUGCAGUGGCUGCGCUACUACCUGCAGGCACAGAAGGGGAUGGCUGUGACCCCCAGGGAGGUGGAGAGGCUCUAUGUGCAAGUCAACAAGUUUUCCCUGGCAUCUCACUUCCUCUGGGCGCUCUGGGCCCUCAUCCAGAACCAGUUCUCCACCAUUGACUUUGAUUUCCUCAGGUAUGCAGUGAUCCGAUUCAACCAGUAUUUCAAGGUGAAGCCUCAAGUGUCGGCCUUGGAGAUGCCAAAGUGACCCGCUCUCCCAUCUCUCCCCUUCCAUCUGCCUGGCCAGACCUGUUCUCCAGAGCUAGACUCUGUUCUGGGGUCUGCCCCUUUGGACGAGGUGGGCGAGGGGACAGGUGGGUGUCCCGGGAGAAGGCUCUGUCCCCGAUGCCAGCCCCCAGUGACGCUUGUUUGGAGGGGCUGAUAGGACCCAGCUCUGGGGGGGUCCUCUUCACCUUGCCAGACUUGGUGGCAGGGCGUGUCUGCAGCCAGCCAAGGGCUCGGACCACAACCACCCUGGGAAGUCCAGCAUUCCCAGCCCCUGGCCAUCCUGGAAUCUGAGCUGCCUUAGAUGUGUCUUUGACCUUCCUGGCUUGGGGAAGGGGGAAGGUGGGAGGGCUCCUUUCUACCUCCAGUGCCCUGAGCCUCCAGCCUGUCUACCCCUGCAUGCCCCAUGCAGGAGGUGCUGAGCCCAAACCAGCAUCCUGCCAACUCUGGCAGAUGGAUGUACUUAUCCGGGGCGGGGGGGUGGGGGGUGGCUAGAAUUGGGUGUGAUGGCUCUCCCAGCAGCCGCCUCAUUUGAGAUCACUACCUUUCUCCAAACCAGAUCCAACCAAUUAACCCCUUCCCAAACCUCAGCCCGAGGACACGCGCUCUCCUCCAGGGCCAUUUCUACUCCAGGCUUGUGUUCUGUCCCUCUGCUGCUUGCUGGGAGGGAAGGAAGGGAAUGGGCCACCAAAGGCUGCUCUGCUGCCUGCUGUGGCUUGGCCGGAGGGAACAUAGCCAAGAGUGGGGUGGCUGGACAGCAGCCAGCAGCCUCCUGCUGUGUUCCCUCCUCUGCCCUCCAGGCCCUCACUUCCAAGGAACAGUCUCUCCAUGUCCACCUUCUGUGCUGAAGUUGGCCCACAGUCUCCCCACUGGAGAAUGACUAGCAGGAGUCAAAGGGCAGGGGCCAGGGACCACCGGGGCUUGCCCGGCCUGCAGGAGCCUGGGUGGGAUCAGUUGUGAAGGUGCUGAAGGGGCUGCUGCCCCGACUCUCAGUGGCCUCCCCCUCCUUUCUGUCCCCACAGCCUCUUGGCCCUUCUGGCUCUGGCCUGUAAAAUUAUUCAUUUGUAAAUUAUGGUUUUCUGCAUUAAAAUGACCAUUU